AUGGCGGGUGCGGAGGCCGCGGCGGUGGUGGAUUGGCACACGCGCGCGCAGAACCCGCGCAACCCCGUGGUGUUCUUUGACGUCACGAUCGGGGGUAUCGCGGCGGGGCGCGUCAAGAUGGAGCUAUUCGCUGACAUCGCGCCCCGCACCUCUGAGAACUUCUG